AUGACCACCCCAACGUCGACUUCGACUUCGACCGGCUCUUUGUCGCGUACCACGCCCUCGCUGAACUGUCUCUAUCCAUACGACUCGUCUAUCUACCAAGGAAUCUGCGUUGAGGCUUACGCGACUUCGUGGAGCGGGUGCCCCCCGGGCUACACUUCGGCAUGUGGUCGCACACUCGAUGGAAGCAGUGAUUUCUACAUCACUGCGGUGCCCAGCUCCGCGGGUCUAUCUAAUCCCACGAAGAAUGUGACGCUCAUGACGAACUUUUACCAGAUGGUGUGCUGUCCUGACCUGAUGCCCUGGGUUUGUGCUGGAGCAGUCAUGGCUGCGACCAGUUGCACCUUCAUCGCCUCGGCGGAUACCAUCUUCGAUAUGGGCACGGCUUUGAGUGUGUAUUCGGUCGUGUCCGGACAACGGUUGAGCGGCUACGGCGUCACAGCGACCCAAGCUGUGAUCACUUCAAGAGGGGCAUGGGAGGAAGACCUUGACAACUCGUCCGAGCACACUGCGGAGUUGAAAACCAUCGUGGAGGUGGAAACCACUACUGUGUGGUGUGACUUGCCAUCAUGCUCGGGCCUGACCAGCAGGCAGUUCACAGGCGGUAGCAAGAUGACUGAGACGAGUACGUCGACGAACAUGCCAACGAACACGCCGACAGUGUUGCCUUCGCCGUUCGUCCUGCAGCCGCCGCAGCACAUGGGGAAACUCGGCAACCUGGGGGUCUUUGCUAUAUCAGGUUUACUCGGGGCCAUCAUCUUCGCGGCGGCGCUGCUCUUGCCGUCGGCAAUGGAGUAUCGCAAACGAAAACGACAGCAGGUCCAAGGCCAGUGA